GUCGAAUAUGUGUUAGCCAACUCGCGCAUGCGCUGUAACAUUGAUUUUGUCAAUUGACAGAUACAAAAGUGCUUCUCGUGUUUUGUGUUAGAAAAUAUUAUAAUAAAUAUUGAGUGAUGCGGUAGAAAUGAAAGUUGAAGCAUGCCUGCUACUAAUACUGAAUUCUCUCGCCCUGGGUUUACGCCGAGGUCCGCAUCACCCCCACGGUCAGACCCCGGUUGAUCAUAAACACCACCAUUACAAGCCAACGGGAUCAGAGUCGCUCACAGCCGACUCACAAUUGUUACAUGACGUCAAACAUAUCGAGGAAGAUUCUUCUAACAUUUUAACUCCAGAAGCACUGGCCAGAAUGACUCCAGAAGAAUUGGAGUUUCACUAUUUCUCAGCUCACGAUUUUGACAGAAAUUCCAAAUUAGACGGCCUGGAACUUUUAAAGGCUGUAUACCACACUAUUGAACAUGAAACGCCCGACGCUGAUGCAGAUUCCUCUAUCGAACCCGAAGCAAAUGAUCUUGACGCUUAUAUUGCUCUGGUAGACCGUACAUUAGAGUCGGAUGACACCGACGGAGAUGGUUUCGUCUCGUACGCGGAGUACCGCGCAGCGAGAGUCAACAACCCGUCUGAAAGGACUCCCAGGGUAUUAGCUGCUAACUCGCCCCCUUAAGCUUCGUCAUCAUCAUUUCAAUCAUUACUUGUUAACUGCUGAACACAGGUAUCCCUCAUAGACUGCUACAAGGAAUGGCCUUUUAUUUUGAUCCAUUGAUUCCUUCCAUUUAAGAUUAUCACUCUAUUUAACGUUAAAUAUUAAUAUUUUUUUUU